AUGAAGUUCAACCUCAACUCCAUCCUGCUCUUCGCGAGCACUGCCUCCGCGUUCAAGUACGAGAGACUAGACAAGAACGAUGCCCUCCUCAUCAUCCUUGACCUGCAAGAAGGCCUAUUCCAAGUAGCCCGAGACUUCGACCACGUCUCGUACCGCAAUGCCAUGUACGCCCACGCCGAGCUCGGCAAGGUCUUUGACCUCCCCGUCAUCAUGACAAGCUCGGCCGAGACUGGUCCAAACGGCCCUCUACCCAACGAAUUCCUGGAAUGGUACCCGACCGCGCCCCUGAUUAAGCGCCAAGGCGAGGUCAACGCCUGGGACAACGCCGACUUCAAAAAUGCUGUGAUCGCAGCCAACAAGUCGCAGAUUAUUAUUGGUGGAAUUACUACUGACGUUUGCACCGCAUUCCUAGCCCUCUCCCUCGUCGACGCCGGCUACAGCGUGUGGGCCAACGUCGAGUCGUCGGGCACGACGACGGAGCUGAUCCGGGACACGUCCAACGACCGUAUGCGUGCCGCGGGCGUCAACGUCAUUUCUUAUUUCCACAUUGUUUGCGAGCUCAUGCGGGACUGGCGCAAUACGCCUGGGGCAGAGCAGCUGUUUGGUGUCUUGGAUCGGUACUACCCCGUUUAUGGUAUGCUGGCUAGGGGGCAUAGGGGUGCGGUGAAUAAUGGGACGGUAUUGCCCGGGGAGGAUGGGCUGCCUUAG